AUGAAGAAGAAAAAAUAUAUACUCCGUCAGAUAGUAAUUCGCGAAGUGGUAUUACGUGAACAAGAUGAAAAUACGAUCCCACGCACUUCGAGAACGGUGGAAUGCGGCCCGCUAGCAUCGAGUGAUAUGUCGACGCGGAGCGGCGCGAGCGCUAUCCGGGCACGCCGCGGGCAUAAGGAACGCUCCAAGAACUUCACGGAGCUGGAGAAGCGCACCGUGCUCGAGCUGAUCGCGCGCCACCGCGACGUGCUGCGCCAGGGACGCUCCAACAACGCCACCAACCGCAGUAAACAGCUCGUUUGGUCGACGAUCUGCGAGGAGGUGAAUAAGCGGUGUGGUGGCGACAGGCCGCGAACGCCCGCGCAGGUCAAGAUGUGGUACGAGAACUACAAGAAGAAGUGCAAGAUGCGCGCACACGAGACGCAGCAACCACCUUCCCACGGCCCACCAGGUAUUCUCGACGGGAUGCUUUGGCAGAGUAUACACCCUCUCGAUGUUAAAGAUGAGGAGGGCGAGGCGACGACGAGCGUCGAAGGCUCUCACAGCAUCAAAGAUGAUGACUGCGUACCUGUAAAUAUGUCCAAUGGACGACUAUCGAGCACGAACGACAGCGACGACACGAUGCCGAACGUCCUCGAGCCGCAAGUGCAAAUAAUCCCCCAAUCCUCCCCAACGCCCCCUCCACCCCACAAACCUAUUCCCAACCCAUCCAUCAACCCGCUGUCACUAACCUCGCACAUACCGAUGCUAGCGAAUCCUUUGCAAGCGCUAGAGCAAGCGCGAAUACAACAGAACUUUCUACAGAAAUUAAAUGAACUGUCAAAUACUCCAUUAAAUUUAAGUCAUCUCGAUGAAGAGAAGAGGAAAAACGGUCACGACCGAAGUCAGGAGAAGACUGAAGAGCCGAUAAAGCACGAUUCCGGAACGGCGACUGAAGAGGAAAGGUUGUACUUCUCUGCCAAAAGGCAACACGCAAUAUGGGAGCACGAAGCUAAAAUGAAGAUUUUAAAUAUGGAACUAAGACAAAAGGAAGAGAUAUUCUCGCUGCAGAAACAAUUGUUUCUUAUCGAGUUGAGAUUAAAAAUGGAUUUUUUGGAAAAAGCGAGUGCGAAAUAA